AUGGUGAAGUGUUGCAGUACCAAAUGUGGCAAAAACGUCACAAAGAAAUGUCCAGGAUUGCAGUGUGGAAAGUGUGGAAAGUGGAUGCAUGCUUCAUGUAUCCCUAUAACGACCGAACAACUAAAUGCACUUUGCGGCACGGAGGCGGUAGAAUGGAAAUGCAAAACAUGCAAUCCGCAGUACAAAAACAAGCGCAUAUCUGCAAUUCUUCCCGAUCCAGAGGACGACGACAACACGGACACUGAGCAAGUCAUCCUUAUGAAAGACAGUUGUAACGAUUACCAAAAAAAACUCGAUGACUACGAAGUGAAAGUGAAAUCUAUGGAAAACCAAAAUAAAGACCUGCAAAAUAAAUACACCAAUAUACAACUAAAAUGCAAUUCUAUGGAACAAAAAUUAAACCAAAUUGAACAAACACAGUUAGAAAGUAAAAUAGAAAUAUGCGGAGUGGAGAAGAAGGAAAACGAAAACACUACAGAGAUCGCAAAAAAAAUCGCACAAGUACUCCAAGUAAAUUGUGAUGACGUCACGGGCGCUUACAGAAAGGAACGCCGAGCACCGGCGGCGCUACAACGAGGCCCCGCAUCCAUCAUCGUGACCUUGAAGGCCGGCCAGCGCGACUGCUGGCUUACAACGGCGAGGACCAGAACCAUCACGGGGCACGACCUUGGCCAUCCAGAGGAAUCCAGGAUCUUCCUACGCGAGGCACUCACACCGGCAACGGCAUUUCUUUUGUGGAAAGCUAAAAGCGAGCUCAAAAAAGACGAUAAAUACAAAUAUGUGUGGUGUAAAGGAGGCAAUGUACUUGUAAGAAAGCACGAUCAGGCCCGGAUCCAAACAAUAAGAUCCGAACAUGACGUGGAGAAAUUACUUAAGGUGAAUGGCUGAAACGCUGGUAUGUUUUUAUUUAUUUUUAUUUUUUCUUUCAUUAGUAGAUACACAUAAAUAUCGGCAUAAAUAAAUAUCAACACUCUUAUUUGAUGUCAGAUGAAAAUAGUAUCCUCGAAAGUAGCUUCAAAACCUGGAAUGAGUACAUUGACUCACUUACACCAGCACGUAA